CUGGCUCUUUCAUCGCAAGUUGCUUCUAUUGCUGUUCAGCCGUCUGGAUCGUUCGACUGUCGGCGGAACGGCGUGGCCUGUCUUCACGGCGGAACUUGUGACGCAGGAGGAUCGUGUUCAUGUACUACAGACAGAACGCACUUUGACUGCUCUUUACGUAAAUCCGAAGUUACGGGCUCCGCAGAUUGUGACCCAGAAUGUGACCAUGGAACUUGUAUAAAAGUAGACGACGGAAGUACCGACUGCUCUUGUGAUGUUGGAUGGUCAGCAGUAUCGAGGACGGACAACAGAUGUAGUGCAGGUCUCCACAAAGUGAUCUGUCUCCCCGACAGGAUGAUCGUUAACCUGAACCCAUACGCGUAUGCAAAGAUGUAUGCGUGGGACAAACCUGAAUGUGAUUUUGAUCUCAAUCACAACGGCAUGAAUCCAGAUCGAACUGAAUUUGUAGGCGGAAGAGGAAAAGAUAUCCCCCAUUCUGGGGAUUCCAAGUGUGGUAGCAUCGUGCCAGUCACAGAGACGAUUGGCGAUACGCAAUACACAGUGUACAAGCGUGACUUUGUUAUUCAACAUAACGAAGACUUCACCAGUUCACUUGACGAGAUCGUCACUGCCAUGUGUUACUUUGACGCUUCAGGCAUUUCAGUCACUUCCGACAUAAGCACUGUCAGUCUGGCCAAGGCUAAUCUGGGAAGCACGAGCAUAAAGGAAGAGUUUUCGCCAGUUACACUUUCUCUUCAAGUCGAUGACGCUAUACCUGGCAACAGUGUUAAUGUCGGACAAAAACUGUCCUUCACUUUAACCGUAGGGUCAGAAUUCAGCGAAUUGUUUUUGAAAGAAGUCAAAUUGGAUAACGGCAAACCAGAAGCGGAUGAUAUGUAUCAAAGUUUCAAAAUUCUGGAAAAUGGAUGCAAAAGUACGACAAAGGGAAAGGAUGUGUGGAUAGCUCACCCAACUCACCCAGAUGGCGACAACCAAGUCGUGCUGUUUGAAGUCAAGGCGUUUGUGUUCACAAAGGCUACUGUUCUGAAAGCGAUUUUCACCACGAAAGUCUGUGCUACAAGUGACAGCUCCUGUGAUGCCGUGUGUAUUUGUGUAUCUCUCUUUAUGUGUAUAUGUAGAGUGAAACCCGUCGAAACCGUGCACCCUCCUGACCAAAUUGACUGUUCUGGUCAGCAAUCAAGUGGGAGAAGAAAGCGAUCGACCGAUGACGGCACCAACAACACUUACGUAAUCGACGAAACGGUCAGAGUUAUCUACCCUGGAAGAAAGGGUGUGUCGGUGACAAAGACUGGAGAACGCCGUCAAGAAGAGGGAUGUGAGACCAGUUCGGCCAUGAUAGGCACCGUGGCUGCUCUAGCAGGAGUUGUCUUCCUUUUGGUUGUUCUUCUCCUCGCCCUCGUGGUGCGGUCAUUCAGAAGAAAUAACCGCAACUCACGAGCUGACAAGAUGGAUGGAGUUAUCUCCCCUUACUUCACUAAAGACUCACAGUAAACUGUCAAACAAAAAACAAAAAAGAUGUUGACAUAUGUAACCGUUUAAAUGCUCUAUGUGUGUAUAAUACUUAGCACACACAUGCAGAUUAAAGGGACACACCCUAGUUUUUAAACGCUAAGGCAUAUUUUGUACUAUUAGAGCCGUUUUUGAUAACUGAAAUCAUAUUUUACUUAGAUUGCAUUGUUUAGAUUAUUCAUUUCCGAACAU